GUCUUGGAAACAAAAUGGCUGAGACUGGUUGGACUAGACCUAAACAAUCUUUUAAAUUGAAGAAAAAUAAUAGUAUCUCAGGGAAGCCCCCUCCGUUAAGACGAGAGAUUUCUGUCCCUGCGGGAGCAAGGUUGAAUGUAAGUCUACCGGCCGGGCAAGUAAAACGCAGAAAUCCGUUCUCACUCAGCUCCGAUGAAUCUGUGGAGAAACGACGAAAGCUUGAAAAUACUCUGAUAUCUCGGGAUCCAGGGAACUCAGUGGAUUCAAAAGAUUCAGGUUUAGGAAGUGCUGACGGAUUUCCAAGCGUGUUUGGAACUGAUUUUAAUCCUUCUCCUUCCAAACCUGAACCUAGGCUUACAGGGACAGAUGAAUCUAAAUAUAAACCUAUCUCUGAGCUUUCUGUAGACUGGAGUAUCAAGACCAGAGUUACUUUCACUGCACAUCAGAGUUGGUUAUGGGGGGAACACUUAUCUACAGUAGAGUCUGCUAGUUCCGUUACAGGCGGGGUCAGAUGCCUUGAUAUUGCCAAUGGGAACCACUGCCUUGAUACUUCUGCCUCAACCCAGUUCCACUCCGCCACUGGAUACUGGCAACAUCCGGCAUUAGCCGGUCUUAAUCUUUAUCCGAGGUUUGGUCAAUCUAGCAUGUCUAAAGUUGACCGACUCAACCUAUCUCAAGAUAUGCACAGACACAUUGUUUCAGAUUGGAUCACGAGUCUGCAGUCUGUAUAUCAACUAGUGAAAGCUCAGCAGUGUCCUUAUUUCUACGUUUGUGCUCCGUCAUUCACUUGCCUUUUCAGAGCUGCUGGUAUUGGUGGAUCCCAACAAAUACUGGCGCUUCUCACCCCAACAACCAGUGGGUUACGAAGUGCUUUAAAACGUGAAGAUGUUGAUUUUAGUUCUCCUCUUCAGCAACCUCUGCAGGAUAUUCAGGAUAAUAAGGAGUCCUGUGAGAAGGGUGAAGAGGGCGAGGAGGGCGAGGAACCUACAGAGUUUCUUGAGAGUUUAGGAAUCCAAGCAGAUUCCCUUCAAGGGUUCAUCUCAUCCCAUCCAAAGAACAGGCUCCAGUUAGGUAACAUAAUCAUGUUUUGGGUCCGUUCUAGUGUGGAAUGUCAGUCCUUGUUAAACUAUUUAUUGAACGCUAAGUUGACCCAGGGACCUGCUGGACUUCCUCCGACCAUACUUAGUCCUGUAGCAUUUCCUGGAGCAACACUCAAGUCACUUAAAGUAAAAGAACACACACUUGGGGGGAAGGCUGGCCAACCUAAAUCCCAUCAAAUUGAUGUUCAGGGACCUAUUCUGCCAGAGACACUGCAACGAUUAAUUCUUCUCUCUGAAGCGCAUGCGCCAAGUUGCCGCGUUCGUGUUCAUACUCAGGAGGAUACGAUCAGCUUCACGCUCUUUAACUCACCAGAGGACCAGGUUGCUCCCUCUGCAUUUGCUUCUGCAGGUCUCAAGGAUUCUGGUUUACAGGAAUCUCUACUUAAUAAAUUUUGUCAGGUUCAAACAGGAGGCCCUGAUAAAAUUAUCAGAGAACUUAAUAUCAGAAAGGGGUUUUUUGAAUCUACAGAGAUUAGUUUGAACGGGAACCGCUGAUGAUGAGAAUUUUAAAAAAAUGCUUCUAUACCAAUGUACCUUUUUUCUUACUUUUCUAUCAUAUUGUACACAAACUUAUUUUUUUUUUGAUCAUGGAUCAUAGUGUUAAUAUUUAUUUUAAAAGAUAUUUGAACUUCACCGAGCAAGGUUAACAAAUGUCAUAGGUCAUAGGUCAUGGGUCAUGGAUUGUGGGUCAUAGGUCAUGGACCAUAGAUAGGUUUUAAGAUCAUUAUUCAUAUUGUUUUUAAUUCAAAAUAUAACUCAACUUCACAAAGCCAAGGUAAAAAAGGUCAUAGGUCAUAGGUCAUAGGUCAUAGGUCAUAGGUCAUAGGUCAUUUUAAGUUAUCGGCUUUGGAUCAUGGGAACAGUAAACCCAGGAAUAUCAAAAGUCUUAAAACAGAGAUCUUCAAAACCUUUUGGUUCAAAGAUCAUAGAUCUGAGACAUUAUCCUUGAAUCAUGUAUUAACCAAUAAUUUUAAGUUCAUUGAUUAUUUUUGAGAAAUAAAAUGUAGAUUUUGUA